AGACAUUCAGGUGUUUAUCUCCAAAACGCGUCGUGUUUAUUGUUUUACUCGGUCUGCUUCACACUCAAUUGCCCAAAAGUUAUAAGUUUUCUAGAGAUUUGUUUACAAAUACAGCAAAAAUGUCCGCCAGCUUCGUGCCCGUGCCCUCUGGUAGCGAUUUUCCAUUGGAAAACUUGCCCUAUGCUGUCUUCUCGACCAAAACUAAUCCAACUCAUCGUAUCUGUGUGGCCAUUGGUGAGCAUGUAUUGGACUUGAAAGCUGUGGCGCAUUUGUAUCCGCGCUCAUUGCAGGCAGCGCUACAGGCAGAAAAUUUGAAUGCGCUCAUGGGCUUGAGCUAUGAAGCUUGGGAUAUAGCGCGUACACAAACCCAAAAGCUGCUGACCAAAGGCUCAGAAUUGGCGCAUAAUGUGGAUUUGGUAAGCCAUGCUGUGUUGUCCCAAGAGGAUAUUUCUUUGCAUUUGCCUGCACAAAUCGGUGACUACACGGACUUUUAUUCAUCCAUACACCAUGCUACAAAUGUGGGCAUUAUGUUUAGAGGAGCGGACAAUGCACUCAUGCCCAAUUGGCGUCAGUUGCCCGUGGGCUACCAUGGACGGGCCAGUUCCGUUGUUGUUUCGGGCACGCCCAUACGCCGCCCCUUGGGUCAAACAUUGCCAGACGGUGCCGAUAAGCCAGUGUUUGGUGCCUGCAAGCUCCUGGAUUUUGAGCUCGAAAUGGCUUUCUUUAUAGGAGGUCCCGGUAACAAGCUGGGAGAACCCAUCAGCGUGGAUGAGGCGUGGAAAAAUGUAUUUGGCUUCACGCUAAUGAACGACUGGAGCGCACGUGACAUACAGAAGUGGGAGUAUCUACCAUUGGGUCCGUUCACAGCCAAAAAUUUGGGCACCACCAUUUCACCGUGGGUGGUGACCACGGCGGCUCUGAAACCAUUCCUAUUGGAUAAUUUUCCGCAGGAUCCCCAAGUACUGCCCUAUUUGCAACAAAGUGCGCCAUUUAACUUUGACAUCAAUCUGGAGGUGUCGCUGAAGCCGUCCAAUGACAAUGCGACGAUCAUAUCCAAGUCAAAUUUUAAGCAUUUGUACUGGACACCACUGCAGCAGAUUGCUCAUCAUACCGUUACCGGCUGCAACUUAAGACCCGGGGAUUUAAUGGCAUCAGGUACCAUAAGCGGUGAGACCCCCGAUUCCUAUGGUUCGCUGCUGGAGCUGUGCUGGAAGGGCACCAAAACCGUAGAGCUGCAGGGUGGCAAGACGCGCAAGUUUCUGCACGACUACGAUGAGGUGAUCAUACGAGGUUAUUGUGAGCGCGAGGGUUUGCGCAUUGGAUUUGGUGAAUGCGCUGGACAGGUGUUGCCAGCUCGACCGAUUCCCGGCCAGUAGGGAUGAGAAUACUACGAAAUUCCUGAGCAAUCGAACAAAUAAAGCAACAUGAACCUUAACUUUUUUUGAACUGAUUAUUGACUGAAUAAUCACUAAAAAAUUUAACAGAAAAAAUAAUGAUUUUAAAAAAAAUUGAAAAUAA